GUGUCAAUAUAUUUAUUGUUCGCAACAAUUGGAUUAUUUUGGAUUGUUUCUCGAGAAAGGCAUGGCCAAGCGUCGGAAGCUGUGAUCCCGCCCCUGCGCGGCGCCCUGCGCGAUGGAUUGCUACGUUCCCAACAACCCGCAGUUUCUGGGCUGCUGCCACGGGCUGUGCUGCGACCCGCUCCAGCCGUGCUCGUGCGACCAGCUCAGAGAUCUUCCGGAGGACUGCUGCCAGCAAGAAACCGAAAACUGCUGCCCGGAUAACGGUGAUGAGCUCAAUGCAUUGAGCGAUUCCAUCGCACCGUGCGAUGUGGGGCUGGGCGAUGUGAACGAGCCGAGCUGGCCUGCUGAAGACAUGGGCUCCUUCUCCUUACCACCGCUCGAACUGGAUCCGCUUCCUUCACUCUUCCCGUUCUCGCCGUGUCCUGGUUACAACAGAAACAACGGGGGGGAAUGCAGGGAGCGGGGAGGUGGGGAGGCGGCGGACGUCCUCCUCUCAUUGAAACACGCCGUCGUCCAUGGAGACUGCGCCUCGGAGAGCGUGCACCCGCAGAUGGUGGUGAACGGAGGUGGCGGGUACCCGUACUACGAACAUUAUGGCGGGGGACCCCUCUUCCCCACCAUGAGCGUCAAUGUCUCCAUGAACAUGACCAUGCAUGGUUGUCCGCCUGAACAGCUCUGCUCGCAAGUGCAAUGGAAUCAAAAUGCCUCGGCCCCAUCUGUAAACGUCGUCUAUCCCCAAACCCAAAAUGUAAUUCCCCCAUCCUACCCAGCAGCCACGUACUCCUUCACAGCGGACUUCCGAGCCCCAAACCAAUCUGAUCCAUUAAUAACAGCCACAUCCACCUUCAAACCUCUACAGUUACAAAACGCCCAGAAACCGAACCCAAACUACUUGUUUCAACAAAAGCCCAACUUUUCGAGCCAGAAGAACUUGGGUCCGAUGUUGAAGAGGUCGCCUUCGAAGAUGUAUAUGCAAGACCAGAAAGACCAGAUGGGGAACGGGUAUAUAAUGAAUCAUCAGGGGCAAAUGCAUCAGGAUUUUGGUUAUACUGCUUGUGUGAAUGCGUCGGGGAAAGUGCAGGUGGGAGCUCUAAGCGGUUGUUCAGAAGACGACGAGCAGAAGCCAAACCUCUGCCGCAUCUGCGGCAAAACUUAUGCAAGGCCCAGCACACUGAAGACUCACCUACGCACGCAUUCAGGCGAACGACCUUACAGAUGUGGCGACUGUAACAAAAGCUUCUCACAGGCUGCUAAUCUUACGGCUCAUGUUAGGACACAUACCGGGCAGAAACCUUUUAGGUGUCCAAUAUGCGAUCGUCGAUUCAGCCAAAGCUCCAGCGUUACCACACACAUGCGAACACAUUCUGGAGAACGUCCUUACCAGUGCCGCUCCUGCAAAAAGGCGUUCUCUGAUAGCUCAACACUGACCAAACAUUUGCGAAUACAUUCCGGGGAAAAACCUUACCAAUGUAAACUUUGUCUACUCAGGUUCUCUCAAUCGGGCAAUUUGAACAGACAUAUGCGUGUGCAUGGCAACAUGGCUGGCGGCAUGCUAGCCUGACACAUGUGUCACAUGUAGUGCUACCCGAUGCGCUCCUAGUACAAACGCUUUCGUGUUGUUACGGAUUGUUAACAGACAUAUUGGUUGCCACAGCGUCACUGUGGGUUGGUCUAUCAAAAAGUUUGCCAGAGUUUGAACAGCAACCUCAGGGUGACGCUGGCCACGCUGGUUUGUUGGACUGGGAUAAAGUAGGUACCGCGCCGCUGAGGCCGUACAUAAGUCCAAAGCCCUGGUGACUUAAGACAAUUGUGAAAAAAAAACAUUAAAAUGUAAUGUAAGAUAACCUGCCCGUCUAUUCAGAACUUUUUCUGACA